AUGGCUAAAACCAUCGACGACCAAGUUUUGGCUGGAAAACACCAAAGCAAGAAACGAGCAGUUUCUACACGUGUCGAAGGCAUCCAAAGCACUGGAGGAGAGAGUUUUGUUGCUUCCCAGAGUUCUACACCAGGUGGCAAUUCUGUAGAAGGAAUUUCCAGCUCGUUCUCACCAUUUCAAGGAGAUGGUGCAGCAGAUUGCAAGGCAUGGAACGAUCUUCCAACAGAGACAGCAUUGCGAGAGCAAUUGUUGCAAGUGGAGAAAGCCAAUCUUGAAGUUCAACUUGCCAAGGUGAAGGCACGUUGGAAGAAUUGUGGGGUUACUCUUGUUGCUGAUGCAUGGAAUGACACAAGAAAUCGACAUAUCAUGGGGCUUGUUGCAUACAGCAGAGGACAGUCGACUUUUCUCGAGGCCAUUGAUAUAUCUUCUAGUGGGAAGACAGCUGAUAACGUUUUUGCGACAUGGGAGCAAGGUAUCGAGAUUGUUGGAGAGGAGAAUGUUGUUCUUAUUGUCACGGAUGGUGAGGCUUCAAACAAGGCUGCUGCUAGGCUUCUAGAGGCGAGGAAGCCAAGGAUUAUAUGGGCUCCAUGCUUAGCUCAUUGUUUGAACAACAUUCUCAAGGAUUUCGCAAAACUACCAUGGAUGGUUGGGCUGCUAGACAAGGGAAAGACUCUGGGUGGCUUCCUCCGGAACCAUUCGCAUCUAGUAGCGAUUUUGGCAUCCUUCUCUUCACGACGAGUGUUGAAGUUCAGUGAAACACGAUUCGCCUUCAACUUUCUUAUGAUGGAGAGAUUGGUGGAGCUGAGACCAAAGCUACAACAAAUGUUUCUGAGUGACGCUUACAAUGCAAGGCUAGAGUCAAGAACAGAUUCUGGGAUAGCAUGCCGAGGAAUUGUGUUCAAAGAUACAUAUUGGAACGAGGUUAACCACAUGCUGGGUGUUUCAAGGAGGGUGAUGUAUUUGCUAUGGAUGGUUGACGGAGACGUGCCUGGUCUACGAGGUCUACGAGGGGAUGGAUCAGAUGAGCGAGAACAUCUGUCAACAAGAGGAGAACAAUCUAAGGGGCAAGGACAGGAAAAAUCCAGGGAAGUUUCCAAAGAUUGGAACAUGUACUUGGAGAUCCAGUUCCCUGACUAUCAGCAAAGGUCAACUAUAAAAAAUCAGCUUUGCCAAUACAGGAACUUGGAGGGUAGUUUUGGCACCGGGGACUCUCAGAUGGAUCGUACAACAAAGGGUUCUGUGCAGUGGUGGGAGGACAAUGGCUACUCAGGUCCAGAUUUGCAGAGUAAUACCAAGUUGAUAGGGAGCCACACUUCCUAUGACAAGUUUGUGGGAUUGAGCCAGACAGGAAGUAUUCCUCAAAUUACUGAUGCUGAUAUUGAAGCUAUGGAAGAAGAGGACGAAGAUGAAGAUGAUGAUGCUGCUAAUGAGGAGCUUCUAGAUGAGAUGGAGUGA